AUGAUCCUUCGAAUUCUAUGUGAUUCUGAAAAUACAAGGUACAAUAUACGAGAAUUUGGGUUCGAUUCAACGGUCCGAGCAUAUCAAACCUGGAAAUCACACAAUAGGCGAAACCCGUUCGAGACUCAAACGGUGUCCAAUUUGAAAUCCGAGCACACCUAUGCACUCGUGACAACUAAGGGAUUACACUGGGACACCAUGCCCCUCUGCUACAGUACCCACGCGCCGCCACGAGCUGACUGCGCGUGGAUGUCCUGA